GCAGCUUCCUGCCUGACAGAGGUGUGCGGAGACGCUUGGCGCGUGUACGCGGACACACACGCUCCGAGCGACGUCUUCGGGAUCGCUGGAUGUGGAGAGGACCCGUGGAUCCGUGUGGGAGGAUUUGUUUCGGGGAAGCUGUUAAUUCCCAUUUGCCGCAUCUGUAAGGGCUGGGGGGAGUCGCGAAGACUGGGUCGAGGGGUCGAGGCCGGUUGCCAUGGCGUCCCUCCUCAUGCGCAUCUUCCGAAUGGGGGGCGAGAAGAAGCGAGUGAAGCAGUAUGAUAACCUGAAGAGGGAUGUGGACCCUAGUGAGAGCUGGGACACACUGCAGGAGCUGGGAGAUGGGGCCUUUGGGAAGGUCUACAAGGUAUGCAACAAGACGACUAAGGCUCUUGCAGCAGCUAAGGUCAUAGAGGUGCGCAGCGAGGAACAGCUGGAAGACUACAUCGUAGAAAUUGACAUUCUGGCAUCCUGUCGCCACGGUCAUGUUGUUGCCCUUCUGGAUGCCAUUUUCUUCGAGGGAUGGCUGUGGAUCCUGAUUGAAUUUUGCCCUGGGGGGGCCCUUGAUGACAUAAUGUUAGAGCUGGAACGUGGCCUGUCGGAGCAGCAGAUCAGUGAGGUGUGCUGGCAGACGCUGCAGGCUCUGUCCUACCUACAUCAGCACCACAUCAUCCACAGAGACCUGAAAGCUGGCAACAUCCUGCUCACCACAGAGGGUCACGUCAAGCUGGCUGACUUCGGAGUAUCUGCAAAAAAUGUCGACACCCUGCAGAGGAGGGCAACCUUUAUUGGAACUCCUUACUGGAUGGCCCCAGAGGUGGUGCAGUGUGAGACCUCCAAGGACAACCCUUACAGCACCAAGGCAGACAUCUGGUCCCUGGGUAUCACGCUCAUCGAGGCCGCUGAGAUAGAGCCCCCGCACCACUCUCUCAAUCCCAUGAGGGUCCUGCUGAAGAUCGCCAAGUCCCCCCCUCCCACACUCGCUAACCCCCGUAUAUGGUCGUCCCACUUCCAGGAUUUCCUGCGCAGAGCUCUGCAGAAGAACCCCGAGUCGCGCUGGAGCGCGCAGCAGCUGCAGGCCCACCCCUUCGCCUACGCGGGGCGAGACGGCCACGCCCUACGUGAUCUCAUCGCAGAGGCCAAGGCCGAAGUCACCGAGGAGAUCGAGGCCGAGUCACUGUUGGGCCUGCAGAAGUCAUUGCCAGAAGAGAUCGCUAAUGAUUCUGAGACACAGAGCACCCUGCUGGGGGAUGAGGCAGAUGUUAGUGGACCAGUGAAGCAGGCCGAGUGCCUUCCAGACGCCCCGCCCGCUACGGAACAAGGCAACAGGGAGCGGGACCUCACUGCCUCUGCGCAGCCGAAGAAGAACGAGGAUGUUCUUGUGACCCGGAGGUCAUCCAGCGCUGCAAAGAACAAGCAGAAGCUAAUGAGGCGUCUGUCGGUCCCCGGAACCCUGUUCUCCUUUCUGACUGGCAGCUCCAGGCGCUGCAAGUCAGGCUUUUGGGAGGAAGCAACGGCGCAGAGGAAUGAGAGGGACGCCCAGGCAAGCGGCCAGGUGGCCUCACCGAGUGCUGAGAGACUCGGCCCUCUGGGAAGCCCGGAGAAUUCGGAAAAAAGCACGAGCAUCACUAAUAAAGAAGAGACGUCCCUUUCGACAGCCGAUGAAGGUGGAGCCAGAGGCAGUGACAAAGCAGGAAGUCCACAUGAGCAUGAGGAAGAGAUCGCAGCGGCACGUAAGGCUGAAUGUCAAGCAACAGAUUCACCUGAAACAGACAUGGGUCCAACUUGUGAUUAUGAAGCUGGCAGUGCUGCAGUUACAGAUGAGGAUUCUACAGGCUUGGUAAUUGAGGUCAAUGCAGAUAAGGCAGUGCCUACAAGUUCUACAGAAUGCUCCCAAAACAGCAAAACACCAGAUCUGGAUAUGGGAUUCACCUGUGACGUUUCCCGUGUGCCACUCCAUCUGCAGAAUGAGCUGGUCCUAACCUUAUCAUUAGACUGGCCAAAGACUUACUCAAAAGAUGAUGGGAAAUCGAGGUUUUCGGCACUGGAAUACCUAGAUUUGUGCACAAUAAACAAAGAAGCAAAUCUUCGAGCCGUUGUGCCGACCAACGAAGUUGACAUUAGAGAAGAAAGCCAGAGUGUGAUAGAGAAAGUUGUGAAGGAGCCGGAAGAACCUGAAGUCGACGAUGUGGAACGUAACGAGGUAAAGAGGAUAGAUGAAGGAGUUGUGGAGGAGGUGGAAGAACCUGAAGUUGACAGUGUGGAACGUAACGAGGUAAAGAGGAUAGAUGAAGGAGUUGUGGAGGAGAUGGAAGAACCUGAAGUUGACGGUGUGGAACGUAACGAGGUAAAGAGGAUAGAUGAAGGAGUUGUGGAGGAGGUGGAAGAACCUGAAGUUGACGGUGUGGAACGUAACGAGGUAAAGAGGAUAGAUGAAGGAGUUGUGGAGGAGGUGGAAAUACUGAAAAUAAAAGAGCAAGACAGUGAGGCAGAAGGUUUCAGAGAGGAGGUGGGACUGCAGAAGGAAGUAGGGUCAGUGGAGAUGUAUGAAAAAGGUACAGUAUUGGAGGAACUGGAUGUAAAAAUAAUGGACACUGAGCAAUCACCGGUCCAUUCAGAGAUAGCCAAUGAUGAAGGCAUUGAGCAUGAUGGCAGUGAGGCCACAUGGUCUAAACAGGAGACAAUGGUAUUGGCUGAUAAUGAAACCAACAUCUCAUACAUUCAGUUAGAGAAGGAAAAAGUGGGACGGAUAGAAGCAGAUGACGGCGACAUGGAUAAAGAAAAGGAAUCUGGGAAAACAGAAAACCAGCCAGAACCAGUGAAUUGCGAAAGUUUAGACAAGGAAGAAACAGAUGAGGAUGGAAAAACUGGGGGAGUCGAAGAGACAGAUAGUGUUGGAGCAGUAAAAGUGGAGGAAAAAGAGGAGGUGGAGGAGGAAAGGACAGCAGACAUCAUGCCAGGAGAUCCUGGAAAAGUACCAGGAGCUACGGCAGAUGAGGUGACAGAGCUGCCUGAAGAGCACAAGGAGAAAACAGACGAUGGAGAAAACGCUGACAGCAAGACGUCUGAGGACAGCAAAGAGUCAGUCACUGCGUCCAAGAAAUCCAGCAAGAGGGUCAACUUUGUAGAGGAGAUUGAGAUUAAAAGAGAUGGAGGGCAGGAAGAUGUUCUGAACGGGAUUGCUGCAGGGCCCCACACACCAGACAAUGUGAGCACUAGAUCCGGUGGUUACGAGCUGAUCGAGAAUCAACCAGGAUCGCCUCUAAACAGGAUCCAGCCGUACAGCCCAGAUGCGGAGAUUCCAUUUCCUCUAACGUCAGGACCUGACGGGGAUCUGCCUUCUAACAGGAAAACAAUUAAAAAGACGCGGAAGUUCAUGGUGGACGGGCGGGAAGUGAGUGUCACCACAUCUAAAGUCAUCGAUGACGGUGACAAAAAGGAUCAGCAGCUGCGAUCAGUCAGACGGCAGGAGCUGCAUGCACUCAAGGUCCUGCAGCGUGAGGAGCAGAGAGAGUAUGGGCAGAUGGAGCAGCGGCUGCAGCAGCAGAGGGAGCAGAUGUUCCGCCAUAUUGAGCAAGAAAUGACGAGCAAGAAGCAAUAUUACGAUGGAGAGCUGGAGAGGGUGGAGCGACAGUACCGGCAGCAGGCCGACCGCAUGGAGGCGGAGCACACGGCGCGGCUGCGGGACGAGGCACGGCGGCUCAAGGCGCAGCAGGAGCGCGAGCUGGAGCGGAAGGCGCCUGCGCUGAAAGCCGACCCCCGGGAGGAGCAGCGCUUUCUCCAGAAGCAGCAGCAGGAGCUGAACGACGGUCUGCAGAGGGCUGUCCAGGAGCACAAGAGGAAGGUGGCCUCCAUGGAGUGGGAGGUCACUGUCAAGACCCAGCAGCUCAAGAGAGCCCGGGAGUCAGUGAUCUGGGAGCUGGAACAGCGCCACCUGCAGGAGAAGUAUCACCUGUUCAAGCAGCAGGUGAAGGAGCAGUUCUCACUGCAGAGGCAGCAGCUCACGAAGAGGCACAGCAAGGACAAGGAGCGCACCGGCCGCUUCCAGCAGUCCCUGAUCGAGGAGCAGAAAGCACGUCAGAUGCAGGAGCGCACGCAGCUCCAGCGAUCCCAGCGCGCUGAGGCCAAGGCCAGCCUGCUGCAGUUCAAACUGGAGCUGCGGAAGCAGGGUUUGAGCAGCACUGAGCAGAAGCAGUGCCUCAGCCAGUUUUUGUUGGAGGAGGAGGGCAGGCAGAAGCAGGAGAAGCAGAACCUGCAGCAGACUCAUGAGCAGCAGCAGACGGAGCUCCAGGAGCAGUGUGAGAGCAGUGUGGCUGAGCUGCAGCAGCUGCAGAAUGAGAAGCUGCAGCUACUGGUGGAGCGCGAGAAGACGAAGAUCAGGGGGCUGGAGAAUGAGCACACCCUAGAGCUCAACGAGUGGAAGAACAGGCUGUCCUGCAGGAAAGAGGUGCUGGAGGAGGACCUGGAGCGCAGGCGCAGGGAGAAGCAGGGGACGCGCAGGAGAAGCGAACCAGAGCCGCGCAGCACGGCCCGCCGCGUCCGCUUCUUCCCCAGCUUCACUUAAGGAGCACGUGCACUGACAUACCCGAUAACAUACAAACACGCUAAACAGAUGAGAGCCCGACUUACAGAUACAUAAUCCGACUGAGUUCCUUGGCAGUAAACUGUCCCGAUAUAAAUGAACGGAAAUUGAACAAACUAAAUAGAGUCUAACAGAUUAAUCCUGAAGUUGUAAAUAUUAAUGUAAUAUUGUUCAAACCUUGUUAUGUAACAUUUUUUACUGAAUAAAAUUGACCUGCGUAAUGUCUUA